CCGGUAGGAGCCUGCGACGGCGUGCAGUUGUCUGAAGAUUCUUCAAUCACUAUGUCAAGUGACACAGAUGUUUCUCUUUCUUCAUACGAUGAAGAUCAGGGAUCUAAACUUAUCCGAAAAGCUAGAGAGGCACCAUUUGUCCCCAUUGGAAUGGCAGGUUUUGCAGCAAUCGUUGCAUAUGGAUUAUAUAAAUUGAAGAGUAGGGGCAAUACUAAAAUGUCCGUUCACCUGAUCCACAUGCGCGUGGCAGCCCAAGGCUUUGUUGUAGGAGCAAUGACUCUUGGUAUGGGCUAUUCCAUGUAUCAAGAAUUCUGGGCAAAACCUAAACCUUAGAAGAGGAGAUGCUGUCUUGGUCUUGGUGGUGCUUGCUUUAGUUAGACAUCUCAUAUUGAGGUUAUAUGUUUAUGUUGAAAAUAAAUUCUGUGGGUCGGACAAUAACAUGGUAAUUUGAAUACUGGCUUCCUUUCUUGCAGGCUUGAUUUGCCUAGUGACUAGUUCACUAGCUAGGUCAUUCAGGGGAGUCAGAUUAGCACAAAUGCAUGUCACUUUUAAAUGCACCUGAUAGUGGUACAAUGUCCACCUUCUUAAACUCUUCUGAUAAAAUUAGUUGUAAAGAGGACAACAUGCCAAACCUGAAAAUGCUCCCAGUUGCUGCAGAAUAUCAUAUGCUUUUGAUGUAAUGUAGGAAUCCUAUUUAUCCCAGUUAAUUCAACUCUUUCUGACUGCCUUGUGGACUGAGUACUGUUUUUAAGGUCUGGUUGGCUCUUGAAGAACACUUUGAGAACAGUGCACGGAAUACAACAUUAUAAACCUCCCAGCAACUAUGUGUGUGUUUUUAAACCAAACCUAAAGAGCUGGUAACAGCUGCUUUGAAGUAGUAUCUGUUUCAGAAUCAUAGUUGUAAGCAUGAGAAUAACUUAACUGCAGAUCCCCGUUUAGCUGUUUUGUAAUUGCAGAAUUAUAGUUUGCUGCUGUUAUAUUAGAAUAAUUUUUAAAUGGCAUUUUGAAAUAGAAGUGUGUAUUUUAAGUGCUAAUGCAAAGGUAAAUGAAAAAUACUUUUUAAAUGUGUGCAGUCUGUUUAUUUUCUCUGAAAGAAUCUUAAAUGUUAAACUAAAUAAAUUGCCUAUAAUGGAAGUGAUUUAUGAGCAAGCUGGUUUGGUCAGACAUUAUACAAACUUUGGUAUACUACAGAAUGCUUUGUUGUACUUGUGAAAUUCUCUUGUCUAACCUGAAUUUACAUUCCAUGGUGAUAACAUGGUAAAUGUAGUGUUAUUAAAGUAAGUGAACACA